UUGGUAGUAAAUUAAUAAUGUACUUUUUUUUGUCGGUAUGAGUAAUAAAUAAUAAUCAAUACUUCUUCUUUGUUGUUAGGUAAUUGAAAUAAAUAAUAAUAAUAUCUUAUGGAUGUAUGAACUUUGUGAUCGAAUUUUGUGCCGAAUAAAUUUCUAACUUAGUUUUAAAAAAAAGUAUAAAUUAAUGAUCCAUUACAGGUAAAUUGAAAGUUCAAUUAUCAAUCGGACAAAAGUGAAAGUUGAAGAAUUUAAUGUUUUAAAGUUUAAAAAUCAAAUAAAAAUAAAACUCAAAGUUCAUACUAAUAAUUUAAUCAUAAAUAAAAUAGGUUAGUGUGCUAAAUAUAUAACAUAGAACUCCACUAUGAGAAAUCCAAAUAAUAACUAAAAAAGGUACACCUUUCAAAUUGUAUCAAAAUAAUUUCUACCACAUAUUAUCAAGCAUUAAACAAAAUCAAGUAUGAUUGCACAAGUGGGUGGUGUUAUUAUGUUCAAAAUUAACAAAUUUAAACCAAGAUCUAACUCAAGUACCAAUUUUUUGUUCUUGAAAUAAUGUUAUAACUCAUUAAAAGCACAUAAAAUAUAUUUUUAUUAAAGGGUAAAAAAAAUGAGACCGAAAACUGUUAUAUUUUUAUAUUAUUUAUUUAAAAUUUUGUCGAUUUAUUGAAUGAUAAAUAUUAAAUAAUGGAGUAAACAGAAGAAUUGGAUUCCAUGCAAAAGAAUUCAAAUUAAACCUUUACAUAAACCCUUUAGAAUCCAAAUCUCUCACCGGCGCGCGUCGCCAUUCUCUGCCACCACCGCUCUUUCCGUCUUACACGACUCUCUUUUUUCCUGUCCUCAAAUUUCCUUCAUUUCCCAUUACAAAUCCUCUUCUUCUCUUUCAUUUCUUCUUCAAAAUCCUCCUCCCAUGGCGGCUUAGCCCCCCUUUUCCUUCCCUUUUCCACCCAUGAUUCCAAUACCCACCGACACAUUCCUCUUCUUUCUUCAAUUUCUCUCUUAUUUCCCCCCAAAUGGUGACCGAUUCCAAAGACCCACCUCCCAAUUUCCCUCAUCGUGCCCUGAUCGUUGGCAAUUUCUGCCACGAUUUCCUUAUUCGCGAUGCCCAUGUCGUCACCGAGUCCCUAGGCGGCGCCGCCUCCUUCAUUUCCACGGUCUUUGAUGGCUUAUCGGUUCCUUAUCUCACUGUUUCCAAGGUGGGGGAAGAUUUCGCCUACUCGACGAAACAGAGCCCAAUUGUUGUGGCUAAUUCGAAAACGACUACGUUUCGUGCGUUUUUCGAUUCUUCAAUCGCUGGUGAUGGUCAUAGAGAUCGGAUUCUGAAAAGGGUUGUGGCCUGUGCUCCGAUUUUGCCUUCUGAUCUUCCUGAUUUUAGAUUUGAUUUUGGAAUGGCGGUUGGGGUUGGUGGGGAGGUUCUCCCUGAGACGCUUGAGCGGAUGAUUGAGAUUUGUGAUGCUGUGUUUGUUGAUGUUCAAUCUUUGAUUCGAGUGUUUGAUGAAAUUGAUGGGACUGUGGAGCAUGUGAAUUUGAAGGAGAGUGGUUUCUUCCAUUUGUUGCCUCGAAUUGGAUUUCUGAAAGCCUCUGCAGAAGAAGCUCCGUUUAUGGAUGUUGAUGAGGUACGGAAGCUUUGCCCUGUUGUUGUGACGAACGGGAAAGAAGGGUGUACGUUGUACUCGAAUGGCAGCCAGUUGCAGAUUGCUCCGUUCACGGCGACUCAGCUUGAUCCCACCGGCGCCGGCGAUAGUUUUUUGGGUGGUUUUGCGGCGGGGUUCACGGCUGGAUUGGCGGUGCCGGAUGCUGCAUUGCUUGGGAAUUUGUUUGGAUCUCUUACAGUCUCCCAAAUUGGCUUGCCCCAUUUCGAGUCCAGAAUCUUGCAGAGAAUUAAGGACGAGGUAGAGAGAAGAAAGCUGCAGCUUAUGGACUCCUGCGACCCGGGAGAGAACAAGUCGAUCCAUCGGAUGCCAGAAGGACACGAACAGUUCCAAAAAUUGCUCGGGACAGUCAGAUCGGAAUGCCAAUUGAAUCUGCCAGCUUCUUCUCCCAUAGCAAUGGAGCAAGUGAAUGGGCAACAUAAGUUAUUAUGAGGAGCAAAUAGGAAGCAGCUGAAAUUUUCCCAUCAGAAUCUCACAAAGCAAAACAACUUUGUAACUUCCCUUUUAUUCUGUAACUUUGGUUAACAAAUAGAGAGAUCCAUAGCUUUUGUUGAUACUUGUAUCAGUGAAUCUGAGAUCAUUCAAUUCAGCAUGAAAAAGUAGGUUUUCUUGAAAAUGAGAGGAAACGGGAACGGGAACGUUAUCGAACAUGCCUAAGUUGUAAUUUCCUUUAGUUUUCAGGUAGCCAAUUUGUUUCUUGAGCUACAAAUACUUAUUUUAGUACUAUAGCUUACGAUUUUAAGAUUAAUGCCACAAGCUCGUGCCUUAAAUUCAUUGAAAUUAAGGAAGGAAAAAAAA